AUGGCUGAGGCAUGCUUGGAAAACACCAACCAAGAGUUGAAGAUAAAGGGAUGGGGCACAACAAACAUCGUUGUUAUCUUUAAUAAAGAUUGUAAAGCAAUAUAUGUUGGUGUCGAUACAAGGUCUACAUCUGAUGGGACAAGAGGAUCUAUAGUGCGUGAGGACGCAAAAAAAUUUUGUUUUAUGGAGAGUUGCAAUGUAUUUGCAACUAUGGCAGGUUAUUCCAGACAUUGUGAAAAUAUGUUAAAUUAUGUGGAGAACUGCUUAACCACAUAUGCGGAAAUAGUUAACGGCAUCCAUGAUGCACCAAAAAUAGGCCAUAAGUAUAUUCGUGGUUGGCAAAAAUCGACACUAGAAUUAUAUCAGGGAUCAGUUUAUAUGGUUGGAUGGGAUGCAGAUGGUCUUCCUCAUGUAUAUAAAGUUAAUUCUUCUGGACCAGUGAAGAAAACCAAAUCCAAACGUUGCUAUGGAUUUGCGAAUGGAACCGGUGGCAAAAAAGUUCGUGAAUACUUCGAGAGUUUCAAUGUGGAAGUCCAAAGUUCAAAUGAAUUGUUAGAAACUGUGACAAGGGCUUUAUUAUAUGCAGCUCUAUUUGAUGACAGGAGCGGUGGAUAUCUGCGCGUGUUUAAGGUAAAACAAAGAGGCUUUGAUGAUUUAUAUCACAAAUCAGUUUUGGAAGCGCUUUUUGAUCAUUACGAUGCCUUAGCUGGUCAUCUUUCCAAAUCAUUUUUCUUUCUCUUCCCCAAGCGUGAUUACAAGCCUACACAUGACAUUAAUGUGAAAGUGCACAAAGGAUUCAAAAGAAAGUUUCAAAAAGAAUAUAAGGAUAAUGUUGUCAUAAAGCAAGGAAGAAGAUUUGUUAUACGACUCGUACAUUUUUAUAGCAUUCCUGAUGAACUAUAUGAGCAGAUGAGAAAACAAAAUCUUCAACGUAAUGUGCCUCGUGAAGUCCAAGCUCUACCGUGGGUUCUAAUUGAGCAAUUUGGUCGAGUUCCUAUUUUGUUUUGUAAGCCAACACAGGAGGUGAUGAGAGAUUUACAAGAUGUGUAGCAUUGGGCGUGCACUCCUUUAAAUAACUGCAAGAAUGCUAAUGCUUUGUUUAGACUAGUCAGUGUAAUAACCCAUUUCAUUUAUUUCAUCAUUUGUUUUCUUUUUUCUUUAA